AUGCCAACUGUCGCGGAGUGCGGCGCGACGGCCCGGAGGUGUCCGAUAAAAAAGCGUCAAGUAAUUACGAUAGCGCUCGAAAAAACGGCGAUAAAGGGGCGCAUUAAGCGGCGUGCCGGUCGCUCGGUGCCGCAGGCGCUCCGUUUCACGCGCAUCUGUCGCGAAACUCCCGCAUCGGCGGCCCACCUUCGCACCUCCGACCGCUCAGUUGCACAAAACAUCGCCUCGAAAAAU